AUGAAGUCGUCCCUGUUGGCGUGGUCGCUCUUUUCGCUCGCUAUAGUCCCCUCCCUAGCCACGAAUCUCUAUAAAAGACAAGACGGAACAGACGAGAGUGACGAUGAGCCUACUACUAAGAUCUUCAAUGGCAUUGAAGUUCCACCAGAGAUGCAGCUGGGUCCAGAUAACUUCAAAACUACUAUCGCCAAUGGAUACUGGUUCGUAAAACAUUUCUCGCCGUCCUGUCCACACUGCCAAGCUAUCGCACCUUCAUGGCAAACAUUAUAUGAGUUCUACUAUACCUCGGAUCCUCUUUCAUCCUCCUCCACCAAAUCGCCGGAUCCCCAAUCCUCAUUGAAUUCAUUUACGGGAUAUUAUGAUUUCCAUUUUGCAGAGAUGAAUUGCUUGGCUUUCCGAGAUUUAUGCGUUGAGUUGGAUAUCAAGUUCUUCCCUACGUUUUCUCUCUAUCAUAAUGGUGAAUUGGUAGAGCAAUACUCCGGCAUGAAGAACAUGCAGGGAUUGAGCAAUUUCAUUGAAGAAAAGUUGGAGCAAAUACGUCCUGGAUCCCGUCCCGCCAGUGGACCCAAGCUGCCUGAGCCUGGAGCGGAUAGUGUUGAUGUCACUGAAAAACCAGACGUGCCUCAAGCGAAAGACAAAGAUCCCGCCGCCGGCGCUAAAGCUGCCGAGAAUUACAAUGAGAAAGUAUCGCAGUCAACCGAGACGAUCGAUAAAGAAGAAUCGAAAGCCGCUGAUACGACUUCUACUAAGACUUCGAAGAUAACUGAAGAGAAGCCUUCAAUUAUCUACAACCCUCAAGGAACUUCCGUUCCACUAACAGCUGAGAGUUUCCAGAAGUUUGUCACACGAACGCGGGACCCCUGGUUCGUCAAGUUUUAUGCUCCGUGGUGCCAUCAUUGUCAAGCUCUAGCACCUCCUUGGCUGACAAUGGCCAAAGAGAUGAAGGGCCAGCUAAAUGUUGGGGAAGUCAAUUGCGACGUUGAAAAGCGACUUUGCAAAGAUGCCGGCGUCAAAGGAUACCCAACAAUGUUCUUCUUCAAAGGAGGAGAAAAGGUCGAAUAUCAAGGUCUUCGUGGAGUGGGCGAUCUGAUCAGUUACGCUCAGAAAGCAGUAGACACUGGCGCUGGUGUCAAAUACGUAGAUGCGUCGACGUUCAAGGAAAUGGAGGAAACCGGCGAGGUCAUCUUCCUUUACUUCUUCGACAAAGCAACCACUUCCGAGGACUUUGCAGCCUUGGAGCAGCUAGCUUUACCUUUGGUCGGACAUGCUCGACUGGUCAAAACCGAUAGCGAGAUUCUUGCAGACAGAUUUAAGAUCUCCACAUGGCCUCGUUUGCUUGUUGUCAGAGACGGAAGGCCAACGUACUUCAAUGCUUUGGCUCCGUAUGAUAUGAGAGACAAUCCUCGAGUUUUGGAAUGGAUGCGGGGCCAUUGGCUUCCUAUCGUACCGGAGCUGACAGUAUCUAAUGCAAAGGAGAUCAUGCAAAACAAAUAUGUGGUCCUUGGCAUCCUCAGCCAUAAACGAUCCGAUGAGUUCCGACUCGGCCAGGCCGAAUUGAAAAAUGCUGCUAUGGAAUGGAUGGAUAAGCAAACCCAGUUAUUCCGUCUGGAGAGACAGGAACUCCGAGAUUCUAAACAAUUGCGCAUUGAAGAGGCUGAGGACCGUGAUGACCAGCGAGCUCUGCGCGCUGCAAAGAGCAUGCAUAUCAACAUUCGAGAGGAAGAUAAGAAGCAAGUUGCUUUUGCCUGGGUUGAUGGUGAUUUCUGGGAUCGCUGGUUGCGUACUACCUACGGAAUCGAUGUGAAGGACGGCGAGCGAGUUAUCAUCAACGAUGAAGAUAACCGACGCUACUGGGACUCCACCAGCAGCGGUGCCAAGAUCAUGCCAUCCCGAACCUCAAUCCUCGAGACCAUCCCCCUGGUAAUCAGCGACCCUCCAAAGCUCCGAUCCAAAUCCACAAUCGGAUUUUUCGAGGGCACAUUCUUCCAUACGUGGUCCUUCAUAACCAACCAUCCUAUAUGGUCAGCCAUCAUCCUUGUGAUCAGCUCCAUCGCCGCGUACAUCGCACACCGCAGGAGACAGCUCAGACGAGGAUUAUCCGCCUACGGAAGCAACAACGGCGGUGGUAUCCUUGGUUAUGGAACUAGCACUGGUGGCAGCGGUGGUGGCUUCUUCCGUCUUGAGGGUAAGGAAGGGUUAUUGAAUGGGGGAUCAACUGACAAGGUGGAUUGA